GAGAGAGAGAGAGAGAGAGAGUCAGAGAAACAGAAUCAAAAUGGAGGCGAAUCAGAAGAAAGAAGUCAGAGCUCUGAAGCAUUUCUGGUACCUAAGAACAUGGCUUAAGGCUCUUCUCGUCUUUCUCUCAUCAACCUCCUUCUUCUCUCCUGCUUCAUGCUAUUCCUUCGACUACAAGCAAGCUCUCUCUCUCAGCCUCCUCUACUUCGAGUCUCAGCGUUCUGGUCACUUGCCUCACAACCAGAGGGUCACCUGGCGCCACCAUUCUGGCCUCACCGACGGCCUCGAACAAGGGGUGGACUUGGUCGGAGGGUACUAUGAUGCCGGAGAUAAUGUCAAGUUCGGGCUUCCCAUGGCAUUCACCAUCACGUUGCUCUCUUGGGGCGUCAUUGAAUACGGCGACCUUAUUGCCAGCGCCGGCGAGUAUUCUCACGCUCUCGAGGCCAUUAAGUGGGGCACUGAUUAUUUCAUCAAGGCCCACACUCACCCUCAUGUUCUCUGGGCGCAGGUGGGCGACGGCGGCACCGAUCAUUACUGUUGGCAAAGGCCAGAGGACAUGACAACAUCCCGACGAGCUUACAAGCUGGACGCCGAUAACCCUGGCUCAGAGGUUGCCGGAGAGACAGCGGCGGCAAUGGCGGCUGCCUCAAUAGUGUUUAGGAGAACAAACCCACAUUACUCCCACCUACUAUUGCAGCAUGCACAACAGUUAUUUGAGUUUGGGGACAAGUACAGGGGGAAAUAUGAUGAGAGCAUCGGAGUGGCUAAAGGGUAUUAUUCGUCCGUGAGCGGGUACAGGGAUGAGUUACUGUGGGCAGCCAUAUGGCUCUACAAGGCCACUGAAAAUGAAGAAUACUUAAAGUAUGUUCUGCAGAAUGCUUAUGACUUUGGUGGGACCACUUGGGCCGUCGCUGAAUUUAGCUGGGAUAUCAAGUACGCUGGCCUUCAAUCCAUUGCUUCCAUGCUCCUCAUGGAAGGAGAAAAGCACAAGGGUCAAAGCCGAGUCAUUCUCCAACAAUACCGUUCAAAAGCAGAGCACUAUCUCUGCGCGUGCCUCGGCCAAAACAACUCCACUAACGUGCAUCGCACCCCAGGAGGCUUACUGUACGUCCGCCAGUGGAACAACAUGCAAUACGUCUCAACGGCGUCGUUGCUCCUCACUGUAUACUCUGAUCAUCUCCGAGCCGCCGGCCAGAGGCUCCACUGCGACAAAGGAGAUGUCUCUCCGCAGGAGAUCCUAGCCUUCGCGAAAUCACAGGUGGACUACAUCCUGGGCUCUAAUCCAACCGAGAGAAGCUACUUGGUAGGAUAUGGGCCCCACUUUCCUAUGAGGGUGCACCAUAGGGGCGCGUCCAUGGAAUCAUACAAAGAAAACAUGGGUUUUAUUGGGUGCACGCAGGGGUACGAUAACUGGUAUGGACGCCAUGAUCCUAACCCCAAUGUACUGACUGGGGCCCUAGUCGGUGGGCCCAACAGUACGGACGGGUUUAGGGACGAGAGGGGGAAUUACGUGCAGACAGAAGCAUGUACUUACAAUACAGCCGCAUUAGUAGGGGUUUUUGCUAGAUUGAAUAGAGUCCAAGAAGAGGAUGCUUUUAAGGAUGAAGAAGGAGGUUAUUUGGCUUUGAUUAGUGAUAAUUAAUUGGGGUCAAUUAUGCUAAGAUUAUGGCAUUGGGGGAUGACAUUAGAAUACAUUGGUGCAAAUAUUGCAAAUACCAAUAUUACUUGGAAAACAGUUAAAGCAUUGAAUAGUAAAAGUGGCUUAAUUUUCAGAGGCAUGGUUUAGAAAAGUGUGUUCUGUAAAGAGCUCGGAAAUAGC